AUGUCCAUCAUAACUUCGCAACCACGACUAUCAGGAAAUUAUACUUUAGCUUCAAACGAAGAUGUCAUCAAUGAAGAGAACAAUGAUAUAAUCCCAAUAGAAAAUGAGGGUGCAUCUGAUGAACAAAAAAAGAAAAAGGAAAAUAGGAGAAUAACUGAAGAAGAUACAGAAAUAUGUUGUUGCCCUGGAUUAUACUGGAUUGCAGAAUGUUCUGAGUGUUGUUGUGAAAAUAUUGCUGAUUGUUUACACCACUGUUGCGAGGACUCGUCUUGUUGUGAUGGUGGUGGUGGUGAGGUUUCUAACGACACAAGUGCUGUAGGUUGUUGUGAUCUAGGAUGUGGGGAUGAAGGUUGCGGUGAUGGUUGCUGUGAUUCUUGCAAUGAU